ACUUUAUAGAUAGCGGGACAGCUUGCGCUCGAGCCGAGGUAGCAAGCUAGGAGGAAGCCGUGAAUGCUGUGGCUUACACGGUGGUGGUGAAUCACAACGGGCCGAGGUCUUCGCGGCCCUUAGCAUUAACAAUAUCGGAGGAACCGAAACGUUGGAAGCAAGGAUGUCAGACAGCGCGGGUCUACAGUUUGUCAGUCCGUAUGCCUUUGAGGCCAUGCAGAAGGUGGAUGUGGUGCGUCUGGCAGCGCUAAGUGAUCCAGAGCUCCGGUUGUUACUGCCUUGUCUGGUUCGGAUGGCGCUCUGUGCCCCUGCGGACCAGAGCCAUGCCUGGGCUCAGGAUAAGAAGCUAAUCCUUCGUCUGCUCUCUGGAGUGGAGGCUGUCAACUCUAUAGUUGCUCUGCUCUCCGUCGACUUCCACGCUCUUGAGCAGGACGCAAGGAAGGAGCAGCAACUCAGGCACAAGGCAGGUGGGUCUAAUGGAGAGAGUAUCCUGGUGUCUCAGCUGCAGCAUGGGUUAACUCUGGAGUUUGAACACAGUGACCCCCUGAGGAGGCUCCGACUGGCCCUCAGUGAGCUACUAGCCAUCAUGAACAAGGUUGCUGACUCUAAUGGCGAAUUUUUCCUCAAGUCCUCUGAACUCUUCGAGAGCCCUGUUUAUCUUGAAGAAGUGGCAGAUGUUCUCUGUAUCCUACAAGCAGAACUUCCCUCGUUGCUGCCAAUCGUAGAUGUGGCUGAAGCACUGCUUCAUGUACGCAAUGGAGACUGGUUCCUGUGCCUGCUUGUUGCUAAUGUCCCAGACAGUUUUAAUGAAGUGUGCCGGGGUUUGAUCAAAAACGGUGAGCGUCAGGAUGAGGAGAGCGUGGGGGGGCGGCGGAGGACGGAAGCCCUUAGACAGCUGUGUCAGAUGAACCCGUCUCAGGCCCUCAACAUCCGCGCCAUGGUGGUGGAGGAGUGUCACCUGCCAGGACUGGGCGUGGCACUGACUCUUGACUACAAACCGGACUCUGCAGAUGAGGCGGUCAGUCCUCUGGUGUCCUACGUCAGCGGUCUGCUCUUGGGAACCAAUGGGAAAGUCCGCACCUGGUUUGGAAUGUUCAUUCGUAACGGCCAGCAGAGGAAGAGAGAGAGCAGUUCAGUGCUGUGGCAGAUGCGGAGACAGUUACUGCUGGAGUUGGUGGCUAUCCUGCCGCGUUCACGCAGUACCCAUGUGCCCAACGACAGCGAGGCGAACACGGAGAACAGCUCCGGCUACUCAGGCCUGCGGGAGGAACACGUGGUGAAGGCCAGCGCACUGCUCCGUCUCUAUUGUGCCCUCAUGGGUAUAGCUGGCCUCAGACCUACUGACGAAGAGGCAGAGCAGCUUCUCCAACUGAUGACCAGCCGGCCGCCGGCCACGCCCGCCGGCGUUCGCUUCGUCUCCCUGGCCUUUUGCAAACUCCUGGCUUUCCCCACGCUGGUCAGCACUCCAGAGCAGGAGCAGCUGAUGGUGAUGUGGCUCAGCUGGAUGAUCAAAGAGGAGGAGUACUUUGAGAGUGCUGCUGGCGUGUCUGCUUCUUUCGGAGAGAUGCUAUUACUUGUUGCCAUGUAUUUCCAUAGCAACCAGCUCAGUGCUAUCAUCGAGCUGGUCUGCUCCACUCUGGGAAUGAAGAUUGCCAUCAAGCCCAGCUCUCUGAGCAAAAUGAAAACUAUUUUCACCCAGGAGAUCUUCACCGAACAGGUGGUGACUGCACAUGCAGUGAGGGUAGCUGUCACCAACAACCUCAGUGCCAACAUAACUGGGUUUUUACCCAUCCAUUGCAUUUACCAGCUGCUUAGGAGCAGAGCCUUCACCAAGCACAAAGUCUCCAUAAAGGACUGGAUCUAUAAACAGCUUUGUGAGACGACCACCCCGCUUCACACUCAGCUGCUUCCUCUCAUCGACGUCUACAUCAACUCCAUCCUAACUCCCGCCUCCAAGACCAACCCCGAGGCUACUAACCCACCAAUCACAGAGCAGGAGAUCCUCAACGUCUUCCAGGGCCCAGCAGGGGGAGAGAGUGCACGGACACGCCCCCAGUACAGCAUCACCGCUCAGCUCCUGAUCCUCUACUACAUGUUGUCCUAUGAGGAGGCUCUUUUAGCCAGCACAAAGGCCCUGGCCUUGAUGCAGAAGAAGCCCAAGUCCUACUCGGCGGCUCUCAUGGACCAGGUCCCCAUCAAAUACCUCAUCCGCCAAGCCCAGGGCCUGCAGCAGGAGCUCGGAGGACUGCACUCUGCUCUCCUCCGUCUGCUGGCCACAAACUACCCCCACCUGUGCAUGGUGGAGGACUGGAUCUGUGAGGAGGAGGUGACUGGCACUCUACCCCUGCUCAGACGCAUGUUACUGACCAGCUCUACCUGUAAAUACUCCCAGACUCAGCUCCAGGAGGCUUUCCAGAACCUUCCGACCAGCGGACCCAGGUUGUUGCGAAUCCUGGAGCACCUGACCUUGCUGUCCGCUAGCGACCUCAUCCCGUAUGCCGAAGUGCUGACGGCGAACAUGGGCCGGCUGCUGGAGGAGGGCGUGUCUCGCCGGAUCCUCCAAACGGUCAACAAACUGUGGAUGGUACUCAACACGGUCAUGCCUCGCAGGCUUUGGGUGAUGACCGUGAACGCCUUGCAGCCCUCAGUAAAGAUCCUCAGACAACACAGAUACACACAGAACGACCUGAUGGUCGACCCACUCAUAGUGCUGCGCUGUGACCAGAGAGUCUUCAGGUGCCCUCCAUUAAUGGACAUAACCCUCCACAUGCUGAAUGGAUACCUGCUGGCCUCGAAGGCCUACCUCAGCGCCCACCUUAAAGAGACGUCCGAUUUCGAGCGGCAGACGCAGACCAUCUCCAAUCUGGGUCUGACGGGUCAGCCGGACACGCCCGAGGUGACGCGGGAGGAGCUGAAAAACGCCCUGCUGGCCGCCCAGGACAGUGCAGCUGUGCAGAUCUUGCUGGAGGUGUGUCUGCCUACCAAAGAGGAAGAGGAGCAGCUUGGGGGCGGGGCAGACAGUCUGCUGCAGGGUCUGCAGGAGAAGGGAGCCGCAGGGACGUGGCGCGCUCAGGGGAGGCGGGAGCCUGAGGGGGGGUUGCUGAGUGACCUUAGGGAGGUGCAGUGUCUCAUUUGCUGUCUGCUGCACCAGAUGUUCAUCGCCGACCCAAACAUCGCCAAAUUAGUCCACUUUCAGGGUUACCCACAGGCUUUGCUCCCUCUGACUGUGGCGGGCAUUCCCUCCAUUCACAUCUGCCUGGACUUUAUUCCUGAGCUCCUAGCCCAGCCUCAGCUGGAGAAGCAGAUAUUUGCCAUCCAGCUCCUGUCUCACCUGUGCACUCAGUACGCUCUGCCCAAGUCCCUCAGCGUGGCCCGCCUAGCUAUCAGUGUUAUGGGAACUCUGCUAACAGUCCUGACUCGUGCCAAGCGAUUCUCCCUCUUCAUGCCAACGCUGCCGUGCCUGGUGUCCUUCUGCCAGGCUUUCCCCCCUCUGUAUGACGACGUGACCUCACUACUCAUUCAGGUGGGGCAGGUGUGUGCAGGUGACGUGUCCACCAAAGCCAGGGAUAUAGAUCCGUUUGUCGCAAGGCUGGAGUAUGUGAAAGAGAAACAACGGGAAAAGCUGCUGUCAGAUGCGGGGUUGUUGAAGCCCAUCCUUCCCAGGAGAUCAGACGAGGAGUUGGAGGGGUCUGAUCCCGACGUCCAGCUGUGCUACCGAAUCGAGGCAACCUUCAUGGACAUUAUCAGCGCCAGCCUCAAGGCCAUGUAGAAAUAGCACAGGCAGGGUGUACACUGACACAUCUCGCCUCAGUGAUGGAUGACACCUCCAAGA